AAGUGUGUAAGGUCUCUGGACGUCAGAAACAACUCCUACAUUUCUUUCAAUAUUCCAGGUUCCUUCAGGUCUCUCAAGGCUCUGCAUUAUCUGAAGGUUGGGGGCCUGAAUGUCACUGAAAUUCACCAAAAUGUCAGCGAGACAAUGAAACUGGAACAUCUCUCCAUUAUGACUGGAGACCUGACCAUCUACACUCCAGGCUCCCUGUCGGCAUUUCGCAGCCUACAGAGUGUGACUCUGGCCUUGACCUUGCGCACAAACAUUGCGUUGCUCACUGACAUCAUAUGUGAUGUCUCCGGUAACAGUGUGGAGCUACAUGUGCAGUUUGUUGAUUUUAGUGAAUACAGACAAAAUGUCGACGUUUUCAAAUGCAUUUCAAAUUCUGGCACAAUUGAAGUUUUCAACAUAUCACAUUCACAAGUCACAGACAAUACGAUCACUGGCAUGCUCAAUAAUAUUAUGAAGUCCCAAAGAAUUAUCUCUUUUAAUCUGCGACAAAUUGGGUUUGAUGGCAUUGGUGAUUGGCAGGUGCCACUCUUACCAAGUCCCGUUAUAUCUUUACAGAGUUUCUUGGUCGAUGGGAUAGCCAACCCAAACUUCUUUGGCUUUUCCACCAUGACAAACUUACAUUUUUUUCUAUACUAUCUGAAAUAUUUGACCAUAAGAAAUUCUAACCUUUUUUACAUGCCUUGUAAGAUUACUUUCCUCUGUCAAAACCUACAUUUUCUCGAUUUAUCGAAUAAUUUACUCACGGAAAAUACUGCAUUUGCCCAGUGUAAAAAUAUUCAGUUAAAAAAUCUCAACACACUCCGUCUGCACAAAAAUUACAUGUCUUCCUUGAGUGCGGUUGGUGCCAUGGUGAAUAAUAUAACUUCUCUCACGCUGCUGGAUAUAUCUGCUAAUCAGAUUCACAGUGAUCAAAAGUCUGGAUGCAUGUGGCCCAUGAAUCUCCAAGUCCUCAAUGCUUCCUCGAAUUUUCUCACAGACGAGACAUUUGACUGCCUGCCGACGUCACUUUAUUCAAUCGAUGUCAGCAACAAUAGAAUCCAAAAAGUCAGCAAGAGAUUGUUGGAAUUCAAACAUCUGCACGAACUGUACUUAAGUAAGAAUAAACUCAACUUUUUUCCAGUGGAGCUAGCCCAUGGUAUCCCAUCCCUUAAAGUGCUGACACUUGCCAACAACACACUACUGGGGAUGAAACUAACUGACCUGGACAGUCUGGGUAAUCUCACCCUACUGGACAUGAGGGGAAACCCAUUCUAUUGCACGUGCAACAUCCUCCACUUUGUCACCUUCUGUGAGAAUUCCUCACCAUUACGCAUUGAAGGAUGGCCAGCUGACUACCAAUGCUCAAAUCCAGAAAAAGAAGUUGGUAAACAGCUGUCCUCAGUCUCCUUCCCCAUACUCUACUGUGACACAACACUGAAGAUCGUGAUAGCUUGUGUUACCACAUUCGUGUGCACUGCUCUCCUGGUCGGCCUCUGCUGGUACCUGGAUGCGCUGUGGUACCUGCGCAUGACGUGGGCCUGGCUCCAAGCCAAACGGCGGAGUUUCCUCUCAGAUCCAGAUGGAAAUGCAGCCUAUGAUGCGUUUGUGUCAUACAGCCAGCACGACGCAGUCUGGGUAAUGGAGACGCUUAUGCCUGAGCUAGAGUCGCACUCAGUACCACCGUUCCGACUCUGCGUGCACGAGCGAGACUUUGUCCCCGGACGUUUUAUCAUGGACAACAUCAUUGACUGCAUCGAGCAGAGCCGCAAGACUCUUUUUGUUCUCUCACGGAGUUUCGUGGAGAGCGAGUGGUGCCACUACGAGCUGUACUUUGCGCAGCAGCGUCUAAUGGAGAGCCGAGACGACGCUCUGGUGCUCGUGCUGUUGGAGCCCAUCCCACGUGACUCGGUGCCCAGCCGCUUCUGCAGGCUGCGUCGCCUCAUGGGGCGCAAGACCUACCUGGAGUGGCCUGCGGAACAAGGCAAGCAGGUCCUCUUCUGGGCAAACCUGCGAGCCACGCUUGGCGAACGGUGGCAACGUUAAAAACUGACAACCGCGCCAAAUUUGAGAUACUAAACCUACAACGGCAACCAUUUUGAGGCCCAUACAUCCGUGUGAUAGCUAUGUGAAACACCAGUACAGGCAUUCCUCAAUUUACCAACUCUCGAUUUACGAAUUUUUACUGUCACGAAAUUUGAAUUGCGCGACAUAAACAAGAGGCUUCUGGUUGGCCGCUCUGCAUCAUUGUACUCCCUAGAUCACCAGUUCUCCUCUUCCCAGUCUGUAUAAUGUUUGUUUGCGUGCGCUCCGUGGGUCCAAAUCUAUUGCGUUAUUUGCCAUUUACUUCAAGCAGCCUUCAAUAUGAGUAGCAAGCAUAAGUCAACAUCACCAGUAACAAGAAUUGAGAAUGCUUGGUUGACAUUACACGUUCCCUCACCUUUAUUGUAAUUUUGCGAUAGAAGAAUGCAUCCUUAAUUUGAACCUUUAAAAUAAUGGGGAGUUAUUUUUCGAUUUACGCACUGUUCUUCAGGAACGCAUCCUGUUUGUAAAUCGGGGAAUGCCCUUAUACCAUGAUGAUAGGAAAUGCAACCUACAAUGAAAAUAACACCAGAGGACGUUAAUUCGGAUUUGGUUCUCGCCACUGGGCCCUGUUCCGCCACUGAAGCAGAAGUCGCAUUCCUGAUUCAUUCUUAAUCCUUUGUCAGCUCAUCAAGACCAAUCUAGUUUAUUUUGGUUGUCAUCCCUUGUGCUGAUAAUUCAGCCAUGCCCAAGUCUCUUCAGGUAGUCCCUCCUGCGUGUGUGUCUUUGGUUGACCAUGUGUUUAUUUUCGGAGAGAUUCCACAUGUAUACAGGCAGACCAGGAUAGAGUCUCAGGCUCCACCUAAAAUAAACCUCACCACAGACAUUUAGACUGAGGGCUUCACUAAGACCCAGAUUGGGAGCGCAGCAGCUCCAGCCUCGUCUCCUACCACUGCCUUGUAGGAGUACAGUAACAGGUCCCUGCAGGGUGGGCUGGUAGGACAAGUCUCUGCACUGUCUAUUGCUGAUUUUACACCCAACAGCACGAGAUUUCACUUCGCUAAAGUAUUGAAA